AUGGAGGCCGCGGCGGGGCGGGGAAUGGAGGCCGUGGCGCGGAGUUCGGAGCGGGCUGGGGCCGCCAUGCGGAGCCGCGCCGAGGUGGACGCCACGCUGCAGACGGCCAAGCUGAACCCGGCGGAGCUGCUGCCGGCCGUGCACUGCCUCAGCUUCAGCCCGCAGGCCGGCGGCGGCGAGUGCUGCCUGCUGCAGCUGGAGCCGGGGCUCUGCGCCGAACUGGAGGCGGGGCGCAGCCUAAUAAUUCGUGGUGAAAAGGAUGAACAUGCAGUGUUGUGCAGCAAAGAUAAAACUUAUGACAUGAAAAUAGCAGAUACCUCAAAUAUGCUGCUGUUUGUUCCUGGUUGCAAAACUCCAGAGGAACUGAAAGCAGAUCAGGCAUCUUGUAAUAUUAUUCAUUCACAGAUUGCUGGUUUCUCCAAAAACUAUUGGGAAUUAAGGAGAUGUCGACCAAAACUGAAGAAACUGAGGACGCUUUUAAUGGAAGAUCCAUAUGAAGGGCCUGAUAGUCAGAAAGAUCAGACUUCAACAUUUUCAAAGUAUACAACAGAAGAUUUGUUAAAUCUGAUUCAAGCAAGUGAGGAAGAAAUACUCCACCAAUUGCAGGUCAUAGAUGCCUGCAAAAUCAAAGGAUAUUGGAGAAUUCUAGACUUUGACUAUGAGAUGAAACUCUUGAAUCAUGUGACUCAGCUAAUAGACUCAGAGUCCUGGCCUUUGAGUAAGGUUCCUCUCUGUGCCUGCCUUGAAGAACUUGGAUCUCUAGAACCCAGAGAGAUGAUAGAACACAUUCUUUUAAGCUAUGGCAGGAAAUAUGUUGAUGAUGGGGAGGUUUUCUUUGAAAUGCAUGAAGAUAAAAUAUGCAGAGCUAUAGCACAAAUGCUUUUGCAAAAUGCAGUUAAAUUCAAUCUAUCAGAGUUUGAAGAAGUCUGGCAACAGAGUGUCCCUGAGGGGAUGACAGCAAGGCUUGAUCAGCUUCAGGGCUUGGCUCUUGUGGAUAGAAGUUCAAGACCAGAGACCAUCUUUCUGCUGAAAGUGGAAGACUUACCUGAAGACAAUCAGGAAAGAUUCAACAGCUUAUUUGGCAUACGGGAAAAGUGGACAGAAGUGGAUAUUACCCCUUAUAUACAAGACUUGUGUGCAGAGAAGCAGACUGUUGGUGCUCUUCUGACAAAAUAUGCUCGCUCCUCAAUGCUGAAUGGUGUUAAAGUUUAUAAUUCUAGAAGACCCAUCUCAUAACAAGUAUUGUUUGAAGAACUGAGGCUACUGAAUGUAGUAACAGUGAAUGUUACUUGCUGCUGCCUUCUGGGGAAAAGAGUGGCCAUCAUUAUACAGUGUACUUACAGGCUAUUUGAAUAUGUUGUAUUCUCUGCUCAGCUAAGCAGAGUGUGAGGACACUUGUGGCCUCUGAGGAAUGAUAUUCAGCUCACCUUCCUUUGCCAGCCUUCUUUGCCAACCUUCCUUUGCCCAACUUCUACUUCUUGAAUACACAUAAUCUUUUUAUCCAUAAGUCUGAAACAAAUAUUAAAAACUUCCUUGAUAAUAAUUCAAUCAAUUCAAUUGAAUAGCAAAAUAGAAAUUUUAGUCUUCUGCCCAUUAGUGGCCAUUCUUGAAGAUUAGGGUUUCAAUGCAGUGUUCACAUUUUGCACAGCAGAGAACUCAUCAAGCUCAUGAACAAAUCAUUCCCCACUGAGACUACAUCAGUCUUGAUUUUGAAAAGUGGUUCCUUUUAAGGUCAUGUCUAUGAACAACAUCAGCACCUGUCACUUUAAUACUUGGCAGAAUGGCCUUAUGUAUAUUGCCAAAAAAACCCUAAUUGCAGCGAAGUGUGAAUAUAAGAGAGAGAAGUUGGAUGAUGUGUUACAAAUUUCCUAUAACCUGUCAUUAAAUGUAGCUGAGGUAAAACUAAUGCUUUACAGAAGAGUACUUGUGUUUUUUUAAAAAGAACCUACAAAACUUUGUAGUACAAUUAUUUUUUUAAAACUUUGUUAGGGCUCAUGACAGCACAUAGAAAUUGUGCCUUACAGUUUUGUAAUGAUAAUACUGUUGUAUGUAAAUGAAACAGAAUGUUUUGAUGAUACUGCCAUGAAAUGGUGUACCUGAGAUGGUAAUCUUGUGAUCAUUAAAAAGGAUUGUUUGCAUGUCAGUAAACCAGAGUUUAAUAUUAGAUCGUUUUCAGGUUUAUAUUUUAAGCUUAACAGUCGUUGCUUAUUUGAUACAAAAAGGAUUCUUUCAUCAGACUCAGAUGUGAGGUAGGAAAUACCUUGGAACUGCCAGCAUUCCAGCUGUAGAGUGAGUGGGGAGAGUAGAGAAACUCCUCCUAAAUCAAAUGUAACUCAAGCUGCACACUGUGUGUGUACUUGGAAUAUGGUACAGAUAAAACACUGAAUAAAAGCUUCUUCCUGAGCUCUGUUUAUUGUUGCCCAGUGCUGCAAGGUCAGUGUCCUGUGCUGCACAUUGUUGGUGCAGGGCUGUGGUGUUUGACCAACUGUGUGAUGUAGAAGGGCUCUCUGCUGGGAAGGACUGCUUUGUUUGCUGUCUGGUUCCAGCAGCUCCGGUCCCCCAACAGCAGCAGCAGGUUCAGUCCCAGAGAUCAAUGGUUAUAUGAACAGAAAAGCCUUGGAAAUUCCCUCCAUUGCAUCACAGAAGGUCCCUUAGUUGAAAUAUGCAACACAAUUUAUACUUUUAUAUUUGUGCUCCAAGUUUGUAUUUACAUAGGUGUUUCUUUGUAAAACAAAUCAGAAAUUAAGUAUUUAAUGAAUAGAACUUUUUUACGGC